CGCUGGCUCCCGCGGUCCUCGCCCCUUACCUCCGCGCUCCCGAGACGGCCUUUCUGGGCGGGAGAGCGAGAGGGGGUUACCUUUUCUUAGGAAAGUCCUGUCCCUUGCCAGAGAAACUUUCUACGUUCCUGUGCGUGAGAGGCAACUAGUUGCACUCGCUGAAGUGCGAGGAGUGUUUGGCUUCUCCCGUACUAGCCUCCUCCUCCACCUCCCCCUCCCUCCCCCCCAAUUUCCCCUCCCGUUUUGCUCCGAGUUGCGCUUUAUUUGUGUGUGAAGAAAACGGAGGGGGGGGAACUUGUAGAGGGGAUGUUCUGGUUUUGCCAGAGGAACAGUGCAAAAGGGGAGCCUCGGCUCGGAGAAGGUACGAGAAUAAAUACAUAAGGAGCGGCCUUAAAAUAAAGGUAGCGGCAUAUCCCGGCAGCGAGAAGACUACUGAGCUGUAAAUUAAAGGGAAGAUAAUUUCUGCUCGUGGAGGAAAAGAAACGCGAAUAACCUCAAUGGAAGACUCUCAGGAUCUAAGUGAACAGUCAGUAAAGAAACCGUGUACAGAGUCAGAUGGUUCAGAGACGCAGAAUCCCAGGUCUAUGGAAAUGCAGGAUCUAGCCAGUCCUCAUAAUCUUGUUGGAAGUAGUGAUGCACCAGGUAGUUCCAAACUGGAUAAGUCUAGUCUUAGUAGCACAUCAGUUACAACAAAUGGAACAGGAGGAGACAACAUGACUGUGUUAAAUACUGCAGACUGGUUGCUGAGUUGUAGUACUCCCUCCUCUGCAACAAGUAUGAGAGACCCUGUGUCUCUUCUUGCAGUCAAAACAGAACCCAUGAACAACAGUGAAACAACAACAACAACUGGAGAUGGAUCGCUUGACACUUUUACUGGGUCAGUAAUAACAAGUAGUGGCUACAGUCCAAGAUCGGCGCACCAGUACUCUCCGCAAAUAUAUCCGUCCAAGCCCUAUCCACACAUUCUUUCUACACCAGCAGCUCAAACAAUGUCUGCCUAUGCCGGACAAACCCAGUAUUCAGGAAUGCAGCAACCAGCGGUCUAUACAGCCUACUCACAGACAGGACAGCCCUACAGCUUACCCACUUACGAUUUGGGUGUAAUGUUGCCAGGCAUCAAGACAGAAAGUGGGCUCUCACAGACCCAAUCACCACUGCAGAGCGGGUGCCUCAGUUACAGCCCGGGGUUUUCGACCCCACAGCCAGGCCAAACACCCUACUCUUAUCAGAUGCCAGGUUCUAGUUUUACACCGUCGUCCACUAUUUACUCAAACAAUUCUGUUUCGAAUUCCACAAACUUCAGUAGUUCACAACAGGAUUAUCCAUCAUACACAGCUUUUGGCCAAAAUCAAUAUGCACAGUAUUACUCAGCAUCAACAUAUGGUACAUAUAUGACCUCAAACAACACGGCUGAUGGCACUUCAUCAUCAUCAUCAACCUACCAGUUACAGGACUCUCUCCCUGGCUUGACUAGUCAACCAGGUACAGAUCUACAUUCAGGGGAGUUUGACACAGUGCAGAGCCCCUCCACGCCAAUUAAAGAUCUUGAUGAGAGAACAUGUAGGAGUUCUGGGUCGAAGUCUAGGGGUAGAGGACGGAAGAAUAAUCCAUCACCCCCUCCGGACAGUGACUUGGAGCGUGUAUUUGUUUGGGAUUUGGAUGAAACAAUCAUAGUUUUUCAUUCACUGCUUACAGGAUCCUAUGCACAAAAGUAUGGCAAGGAUCCACCAAUGGCAGUGACGCUUGGACUGAGAAUGGAAGAAAUGAUUUUUAAUCUUGCUGACACGCAUUUAUUUUUUAAUGAUUUAGAGGAGUGUGAUCAAGUUCAUAUAGAUGAUGUUUCUUCUGAUGAUAACGGACAAGACCUAAGUACCUACAGUUUUGCAACUGAUGGCUUCCAUGCAGCUGCAAGUAGUGCAAACCUUUGUCUGCCAACAGGUGUAAGAGGAGGGGUUGACUGGAUGAGGAAGCUGGCUUUCCGUUACAGAAGAGUAAAAGAGUUGUAUAAUACUUACAAGAACAACAUAGGAGGACUCUUGGGUCCCGCUAAAAGAGAUGCAUGGUUGCAAUUAAGAGCAGAGAUUGAAGCUUUGACAGACUCCUGGCUAACAAAUGCACUUAAAUCAUUAUCAAUUAUCAGCACAAGGAGUAAUUGUGUAAACGUAUUGGUAACAACGACACAGCUUAUCCCAGCACUUGCAAAAGUUCUACUAUACAGUUUAGGAGGAGCUUUUCCUAUUGAAAAUAUUUACAGUGCAACCAAAAUAGGAAAAGAAAGUUGCUUUGAACGAAUAAUGCAAAGGUUUGGCAGAAAAGUAGUAUAUGUUGUAAUUGGGGAUGGUGUAGAAGAAGAACAGGCAGCAAAAAAGGUAUUGACUGUGACCUUGGACUCUUAUGUCCAUGCUGCCCUUGUGGUUCAUGCCUGGAGCAACCCUGAGCCUGUGCAUUGGUCUGGUACAGACUGGCUCACCUGCAGACUGUUUGCAGAGUACAGCCUUAGAGAGCAUCUACCCCUGCUCUGCACUGAGGCUUCCUCACCAAGAAAAUUAGGUGCCUUGCUUCAGAUGCAGCCUGAGUGACAACUAGCACCUUUGUUGCAGUGUCCUUGGGACAAAAUACAGAACAAAUGCAAAUUUGAUGGUUUAGACACACAGUGUAUGCAUAUAAAUUCCCUUGCCAAUUCACUUAUUAAUAUUAUGCUAGUAUUCUUAUGGACAUGGGUUGUUAGGAGACAGACUGGGCUACUGAGGGGCAAGCAGCCUUUCCAGUUGAAGAUUGUCCUUGUGAAACUUUGUAAAUGUCUUUGGGAGCUGUACUGAAUGUCUUAGUGAGGUACUGACCUUUGUUUGAAGAAAGCAGUCCCUCCAUAGUCUGCUGUGGAAGGCCAAGGUGGGAUUGCAGGACUGUCAGCACACUUAGACGUGACAUUAUGAUCUUGGAACAACAUUAACAAGUAGCAGAGCCUUGGUAACCACAGUGCUUCAGCCACAAGAAGCAGCUUGUAAUAGUAGAUUUUUUUCCCCACGGGUUAGAUUAAAACAUGUCUGUUAACAAACACAACUGUUCUGUAUAUCUGCUUUCUCCUCAGUUUUAGGAACAAAAAGGAAGAUAUAUCAAAAAUAGGGUGGACAAAAUAUAAAAAAGCCCUAUCUACUGAGCAGACAGACCCAUCCACUGAGCAAACAGUACCAUGAGGAUAAAAAUUAGAUACUGAGGGCAUUUAUUUAAAAGCUUUGACUGGGUGAAAGCACAGCAUUAGCUUCAUUUUGCAUUGCUGAGAAACUCAGUGCUCUAAAUGGCCAUCAGUGCGUCCUGCACAUGAUGUUCAUAGUGAUGAACUAAAGUAAAAAUAUUACACUGAGGGCAUUUAUGUGUGGACACAUAACUCUUCCUCAUUUGUGUGCAAAAAUACUUCUUCCUCAUUAUCCAUUACCAAUAAAAAAAUCCUCAAGGAAAACCAAGCAGAAAUUCAAAA